AUGUACAGCUACGGCGCUUCCGAGGCCAAGCAAAGGAAAGAAUCCCACUUGGCCAAGAUCAGGCACUCCCGGCGCCCGGCUCCCAGGAGGGCUAGCCUCGAUGCCGGUGCCAGAGACAAGGAGGCCACCACCAUCUUGGAGGGUGACGGCGGACGAAGGGGGCUGUAUGUGUCCCUAGAGAAGGGCGAGGUGGAUGGUGGCGGCGGCGAAGGCAGAGACGGAGGAGGAGGAGGAGGAGGAGGGAAGCUGUAUGUGGCCCUAGGGAAGGGCGCGGAGGAUAGUGGCGGAGACGGAGGCGGAAGAGGAGGAGGGAAGCUGUAUGUGGCCGUCGGGAAGGACGAAGAGGACGGCAGGUCCAACCUCCUCUGGGCCGCUCGGAACCUCCUAGCCGGCGAUGACAAGCUUGUCUUGCUGCAUGUCCACCAGCCCGCCCACAGAAUCAUGACCGGAUUUCGCAUGGUCGAUGCAAGCCAGCUUCAGGAGAAGGACCUCAAGGCAUACCGGAAGGAUGAGGAGGAGGAGAUGAACACACUUUUAAACCACUACCUCGACUUCUGCAGAGAUUCUCUCAAGAUGCAAGCCGAAGCACUGGUGACCGAGAAGAACAGUACUGCAAAUGGCAUCGUCAAGCUCAUCGAACAGAAUCACAUCUCAAACCUUGUCAUGGGAACAUCCUCCUUCUCGCCUGACAACAAAGCACCAAACUCAAAAGUUGCAGCCAUUGUGCAUCAACAAGCCAAACCAUAUUGCCAGAUCUUCUACAUAUGCAAUGAGACUCUUGCUUGCUCUAGAGAGGCCACUCAGCGUUUGAUAAAAGUAGAGUCACCGCAAAGCGGCUACACAAGCACUGAUUCAGACAGAUCCGAGUUCCCUGCAAGAUCCCAAUCACUACCGUCACCAAGGCAGACAAGUUUCUUCGGUUCCACAGAUCAAAAAGCCCUUCAACAAGAGUCCAAGCAGCCAGUUAGCUAUACAUAUCCCUUGUCAGCAUCGAUAACAGACAGCACGGAGACCAUACUAGGUGCAAGGGGCCGGUCAAUUCAUACAACGACAUCAAAAGGUUUCUCCCUGAAUUCCUGCCAGCAAAGCUUUCGGGGAUCUUCACUAGUUGUAAAGGAUUUGGAUAAUAUGAAUGGUUCACUUGUACCUGUUUCAGUUGCAAGCUCUAAAGAACAUCAACACUCUAUGAUAGAAACCGCCGUGCAACGAGAAGUGUUCGGGCAACUACAGCUACUCCUUGAUGAUCAGGAGUGCUCAAAAAGAGAAGCAAUUGAGGAUCAGCAGAAAACCGCGAGGGGUCUGUUUGAAAAUCCUAUGAUGUUCAAAGCACAGGAGAAUUCACUCCGCGGAGAGAAAAAUGAGCUAGAGGAAAGACUAACCAGAGAAAAGGUUGGACUCGAAAACGAACGCCUCCAUUUAUACAAUGAGCUGCAGAAAGCAAGUGAGCAACGAGCAGAACUUGAGAACAAGCUUCUCCAGACAAACUCCCUAAUGGAAGAGUUGCAGCGCGAGAAAGAACAUGCUGUUAAGCAGGCUGAAGAGAUGCGCCAAAGAAACGGUAGCGGUGCAUUUGUAUUUGGCUCUACCAGUACUAGUGCCAUUGUCUUAACAGAUUUCAGCUACGCGGAAAUAAAAGAAGCGACAAACAACUUUGAUGCCUCCAAAAAGAUAGGGGAAGGUGGGUGUGGAAGCGUCUACAAGGGGUUUCUUCGUCAUACUACUGUAGCCAUAAAGAAACUGAACAGUGAAGGCGCAAGAGGAGAUCAAGAGUUCAAUGAUGAGGUAGAAACACUCUGUGGGAUGAGGCAUCCGAACCUUGUCACUCUGAUAGGAGCGUGCAGGGAGGCCAGAGUGUUGGUCUUCGAGUUCUUGUCAAACGGAAGCCUAGAGGACUGUCUGCAGUGCGAGAACCGAAGAGAGACACUCUCAUGGCGAAUGCGCGUCAGAAUUGCUGCAGACAUUUGCAUGGGACUUAUCUUCCUCCACUCCAACAAACCAAAAGGCAUUGCCCACGGUGAUCUCAAGCCUGACAAUGUCCUUCUCGACGCCAACUUUGUCUGCAAACUGGCAGACUUUGGGAUCUCUCGCCCCUUGAAUGUCACAAACACCACUAUCACCCCUUACCACCGAACAAAUCAACUCAAGGGCACAAUGGGAUACAUGGAUCCAGUAUAUAUUGCCUCAGGGGAGCUCACGGCACAAUAUGACGUCUACUCCUUUGGAGUAGUGCUGAUGCGAUUGCUAACUAGCAAGAGCCCCCUAGGCCUUCCACAUGUUGUGGAGGGAGCAUUAAGAAAAGAUAAGUUGCAAGACAUAAUUGACACUUCUGCUGGGGAAUGGCCACCUAAGUACACUAAAGAGUUGGCAAAACUAGCACUGAGAUGUUGUCGUUAUGAACGAAAGGAGCAGCCUGAUCUCAGAAAGGAGGUUUGGGAUGUCUUGGAAGCUAUGAUGAACUGUCCAGAUGAUAAACGCAUGCCACCAAAGUUUCUCAUAUGUCCAACAACACAGGAGAUCAUGAAGGAUCCACACAUUGCUGCCGAUGGAUACACGUACGAAGGUGCGGCCAUCAAGUGUUGGUUUAAAAUGGGGAACAAAAUGUCCCCCGUGACCCGCGUCAGCUUCGCGCACCAUGAGUUGAUACCAAACAACGCCCUCCGCUUUGCAAUUCAAGAAUGGAAAAAGCGACAGCAACCUUGA